AUGGGUUGCGCAAUAUCUGGUCUGGAAGCAAAAGCAGAGUUUGGAGAGAGGACUACAGAGGAUGCUGCUGCUGCGUGUCCCAGCGAGGUUCAGAUUCAGAUGAUCAAGGAUUCAUGGAAAGUUAUCCGGGACGAUAUCGCCAAAGUUGGGAUUAUUAUGUUCGUCAGGUUGUUUGAGACCCAUCCUGAAUGCAAGGAUGUCUUCUUCCUGUUCCGAGGCGUGGAGGACCUGGAGAGGUUGCGGACCAGCCGGGAGCUCAGAGCACACGGCCUACGGGUGAUGUCUUUUAUUGAGAAAAGCGUGGCUAGACUGGACCAGCUGGAGAGACUGGAAGCACUGGCUCUGGAGUUGGGAAAAAGCCAUUAUCAUUACAACGCCCCACCUAAGUACUACGGUUACGUCGGAGCAGAGUUCAUCAGUGCCGUGCAGCCCAUCCUGAAGGAGAGGUGGACAGCUGAGCUUGAAGAGGCAUGGAAGACCAUGUUUCAGUUUGUGACCGGCCUAAUGAAGCAGGGAUACCAGGAGGAGAGCAACAGACAGCGGCACCUAGCACUCUCCCCAAAGGAAAGACCAGACAAGAGGAACACAGCGUUAUGAGGUGCUUCUCCUUUCAAUCACAAGUCGGACUGUUUUCGCCAGUACAGCACAGAAAUGUGUUAAUGUAUAUAGUGUAUUUACUGUCUUCUUUUCUACAUCACUCUUGUUUGCCACUAUAUCAAAAUGGACAAAAACAAACUUGCAGUGACUUUCGACAGCGCACUUUAUUUCUGAACUUCUGCUGCAGUCCUCGUCCAUGAGAUCAGGACCUGGGAGCAUGAUAUUAUAGGCUGACGAUAUAUACCAGCUGUAGUUAAACCUGCCUUGCAAUUGUGAUUAACAGAAAGUACAUUAUUAGAAUCACAGACAAAACGUCGUCUCUGCAUUCAUAACUUAAACAUGCCUUUCAAUAAAAUCUACAACUUACAAACAAACUUUUUUUGUCAUGUCAUCAUUCAGAAAUCUAAUUCACAUUUCAAUUACCCACAAUAACUGAAACUACACAUUUUGUUUUGUUCGGGUUUAACAAUUUAAGACAGACAGUCUGUUUUAUAGCUUGGUAUGAAACUAAAAAGAAAAUAAAAAAAAUCAUAUUCAUUGUGCUUCGGGAGGUAAAAUAAAAUCAUUGAAUAAAGUAAUUUUUCAUCUCCAAUAUCAAGUCUAAUACAGUAAAACUGUUUUUAUAAAAAAAAA